GUUCUUUCAUAAAAUUUCGCAUUUAGGGAUGCUAAUUUUUUAAUAUAUUUCUCUCGGAGAAGUUUUUAGUGUUUGUUUUAAGACAUUCGUAUUAUAUUUUUAGAUAUGAAGUUUUUAUCUUGUUUACUUCUCCUUCCUAUCGUUCUCCAUGUAGUCGAGUCAGGUGUUAUACCCUUACACAAGAGAUCCGCUUUUUAUAUCGCUAACGAAACAGCUUGUGUUGUGGAUGGAAUUGUUUACUACAACGGAGAUCGCAUUCCGACUGAUAACCCAUGCGAAUCGUGCAGAUGUCGUCCUCCUGGAUUUGCGUGCGUUUUACACGAAUGUGAAAUAAAGCAUGGAUGCAAAGCAAUCAGAAGAGAAGGAGAAUGUUGCCCGGAUUAUUUAUGCGGUUGCGAGCAUAAUGGGCAACUGUAUAGAAACGGAGACGAAAUAAGAGAUCCACAGAAUCCGUGUUAUAAAUGUCAUUGCCAAGGUAAUUCUAUCGCUUGCGCAUUCGCAGAAUGUGUAUUCCGACGUGACUGUAUGCCCCGUUUUGUAACUGGUGAAUGUUGUCCUCGUUAUGAUCAUUGUCCUCUUCCAGCUGUUAAAACUGAAUCUUCUAUCAAUACUUCAUUCAUUACGAAUAUCACUACUACGUCCUAUGAAACUACUGAACCGGCUACCAUUACGCCAGAAAUUAUUACCGAAAGAAACCAAGAGUUAACUACCAUUGGACCGGUUUCUUCGUCGCAAGAUGCAAUUUCAGACUCGGUUAUUAUCGCUGAACCUGAAAAAGAACUAAACAUUUCUCUUGAAAAUAGAAAUCAUUCGACUUCGGUAAAUUCUGUAAAGACAUCAAACGAUUCUCAGAAAGAACCAACUGACCUCGCUCGAAAACCUAUAAUAAAUGAAACAACUGAUUUUGAAAGAGAUAAAAUUGAUUAUUUGGAUUAUUCUUCUACUGAAAAUCCAUUAAAUAUACAAAAAAGUACAGAAGAUAAAUCUAAAGAUGAUUAUACAAGUGAGAAUCCUGUAGAUGACGACGAAAGUGACGAAGACAACAUUUCUUUGGUUGAAGAAGGAAACAAAAUAAAUGAUCCUAAAGAAUUAUUUUCGACAAAGGAUCCUCUGAUUUAUUCGCAAACCGAGAAGUAUUCAUUUGGUAAACAUUCGACAGACAAAGAAUAUCAGGACGAUUCGUACGAGGAUUUAUCAAAUACAGAAUCUUCAGUUCAUCAGGAAGAAGAGGACACAAUCGAGAAAGAUUUAUCAACUGCAAGUUCUUUAGAUGAGAAAACAGACGAUAAGGAUUCAUCUACACAUAAGUUAUCAACCGAUGAGAAAAUACAACCGACUGAAAAAGCUACAAUUGAUGAAUCAUAUACGACGUUAGAACCUGAAAUUUUAGCAGAAAAAAGAAAAACGUCAUCGGAAGAGGAAACUGGUUUUACAAAUAAAGAAGGGAUCAUAACAGAAAAUGAUGUGCGAGGUGAAGAAACUGACGACGAAUCUUCAGAAGAAGAUUCCGACGAAGUACCUUCGGAAGAACAAAGAGAAACAGAUGAUUCUUCCGAAGAAUCUAUCGAAAAUCUGCCAGAUGAACAAAGAAAUCCCACCGAAAUCUCUUCGGAUGAAGAUUCGGACGAAUCCGCAUCGGAUGAAGAAAGAGAUGUAGAAAGUUCUGAAGAAGAUUCUGAAGAGCAACGACACGAGGAUAGUUCUCCUGAAUCGGAUGAAAGUUCCGAAGAAGAAUCGGAAUUAAAGAUUAAGAGAAAGAAACCAUCUGGACAAUCGGAAGCAGCUGGCGAGUCUGCACCAGAAAGUAUUUCUUCGAACCAGGAAGCAGAAAUGAGCCAACAAAGUAAUGCCAUGCAAUCGGAAGCAACUGGCGAGUCUUCACCAGAAAGUACUUCUUCGAACCAGGAAGCAGAAAUGAGCCAACAAAGUAAUGCCAUGCAAUCGGAAGCAACUGGCGAGUCUUCACCAGAAAGUACUUCUUCGAACCAGGAAGCAGAAAUGAGCCAACAAAGUAAUGCCAUGCAAUCGGAAGCAACUGGCGAGUCUUUACCAGAAAGAAUUUCUUCGAACCAGGAAGCAGAAAUGAGCCAAGAAAAUAAUAUCAUGCAACUUUCGAAUAAUUCCGAAACAACAUCCGUAAGUCCUUCUCAUUCAGAUGAUGAUUUGUUGCAACUAUCAUCAACUUUAUCUCUAAAUACAGAAAUUAACCAAGCUGAAGCCAGAGAUAAGACUACUGAAAGAUCACAAACCGUAACAAAAGAAAAUGCUGAAGAACCUCUGAAAUCAGGCGAUUCCAAUACCGAAAAUGCUGAAGAACCUAUGAAAUCAGGCGAUUCCAAUACCGAAAAUGCUGAAGAACCUAUUAAAUCAGGCGAUUCCAAUACCGAAGCAUACGAAGAUCGUAUUGAUGUCUUCACCGAAAAUAGUGGUGUGACAUUAUUGCUAAAUACUUCGGAAACCAAUCAACCAGAUUUCUCUAUCGUUAACGAAACACAGCCUACAGAAAUGACAGAAAGUGUUAGUAAUGAAACAGAACAAAGUUCGGAGGAUGAAAAAGAAUUAACUACUGAAACAACUUUAAUAAUAACAGAAAAUCCAAGUAAAACUACAAAAACGCAAUUGGUCGAAGAGAAAACAGAAACGUUAGUAACUACAGAAGCUGAGUUCGAAACCACUUCCGUAAACAAAGGAGAAAUUAUGACAGAAAACAUUUUAUUGCCUAAUGAAACAUCAGAGAUGUUAGAUAAUAAAACUAUUAGCGAAAGUCAUUCAACAGAAGAGACUUUAACAGAAAUUUCAACCGAACAUUUUAGUAAAAAUGACGAAUUCGCUACACAAUUUACAAAAAGUUUUACAACAGAAAUAACUAGCUCGAAUAAAGAAAACACCGAAGUAAACCAAGAAACCACUACUUUCUCAAACAAGGAACAAAGUACAAAACAGGAUUUAGAAAUUACCGAAUGGUCCGAAACUACUCAAUCGGAAGCCAUUCGAGAAAAUGUGGAAACGACGACCGAAGUCAAUUUCUCUACGCAAAACGCGCAAGAUUUCGAUUUAAAAACCCAAACCGAAACCGUAAUUGCAGAAAUUAAAGAAAUUGUUACGGAAUCAACGGAUAAAAUUAAUUACGAAGCGGAACACAUCGAAUCACAAGAGAUUUUUGCAAAGGAUAACGGUUCAAUAACAGAACCUUCCGAAACAAUUACGAAAGAAAAUAAUGAAUUUUUGGACGAUGUUAACGUAACAACUACCGAAACUAUAAAUCGUUUAGAUAAUAAUCCCGAAUUUUCACACGUUGCAAUCGAUGGUUUAGGUAAGGAUCCAGAAUUUCCAUACGUCGCGAUCGAUGAUUUCGACGAAAAAACCACAGAAAAUGUCUUAAUUACAAAAAAUAUCACGGAAAAUCCAAUAACUCUGUCAUUUUCGGAGGAAGAACCUUUAAUAACUUGGAGAGAAGAACGGAACCAAACAACUAUACAACUUACAAACGCAACCGAAUUAACACUAAUAUCCGUAUCAGAUAAUUCAACAACGGCCACCAACAUUACGGACUCGAAUUGA